AUGCGAGCCUGGAUCGAUCCCGCAGGGCCGGACGAGUCCGCGGGUUUUAAACCGCGCCAACUCGACUUCAAUGUCCCUGGCAAUAUCAAGCAAACACAUAGGCAUCUCGCAGACCCUCGAGCUCUCGCCACGUCUGGCCUCCCCGCCGCAUCAUUCGUCUCGCACCUCAGCCGAGAUCGUCCCAAGGGGCCGAGUAAGCGGAGCAUACUGGGCCCGGUCAAAGGCUACAUCGACGUGCUGGAAGGCCGGCUCUUCGAGCUCGAGUCGACCCUGCUGCAGGCCCUGCCGCCCGUGUCCGACGGACACCUCGACGAGAUCACCGCCUCGAUCCCGCCCACCAUCCCCAGCCGUCCGCACUUCCGGGUGCGGUUCAACCAGUCGAGCGGCAACGGCAACGACAGCUCCAGCUCCAGCUUCGGCUCCUCGUCUUCGUCCUCCUCCUCCUCCUCCUCCUCCUCCUCGUCGCCACAGAACCCCGUCGUGCCCGGCAGCACGGGAGCGGUGGCGGCAUGUCCGUCGGAGAUUGUAUUCCGUCGUCAUGCCCAACAUCACCACCACCACCACCACCGACGAGGAGAGAAACUCCGACAGCGCCAGAACCAGAACCAGACCCAGCACCAGCACCAACAGCGAACAUUUCAGAUCAUGACGCCCACCGGUGCUACCGCCGGCGCCGGACGACGCUCCUGUUCUCUCCAGCAUAACCAGCAGUACCUGAAGCAGAUGGUGUCUAGUCCGUGGCUGCUGCAGCCGCAGGAGCAACGGCAUCAACUCCUGCUGCCUCCGCUAGAGCUAGAGCUGGGCGGUGGUGGUGAUGGUAACCCCUUUAUCAACAACAACGAACGCCCGUCGCCGCCGUGGCCGCUCCUCGCUUUGGAAGGAGAAGGAGCAGCAGCAGAAGAAGAAGACUCCCUCUCGCGGCUGCAGGACCAGCACCAGCACCAGCACCAGCACCAGCUGUUACUCGGCGCGACUACCAGAGACCACAGCUUUGGUGGGGGACCAGGGGUGAGUUCCGAAUUCGACUUUUUGCCCGACUUUGAUCGAAGUGCCGCCACUAUCAACAUCGUCAACACCAUCAUGGUGUCGGCACGGGGAUUUUGA